AUGUCACAGACCAUGGCAUCUUCAGACGCGACGUCUUCAUGGAAUCCGGCGAUGCUACCAGAACAUCAUGAAACUCCGGCGGCGACUGAUUCGCGUGACUUAACAACGAACCCGAGUGUUGACACGACCGAACCCGUUCCUCCCCCCGUUUUCUCCGAACCAGUCGAUGAUGACAUUGCAUUUCUCGGAGGUGGUGCUGUAGAAGAACCCAGCGCUCCAACCGAUGUACAACAACAAGACGCGUCGUUGGACGGAAUUGAAUCAAGCCGCACUUUGGAUGCUGAAGUUUCCUCGGAGCCCAACAAGUCGCCGGAAGACACCGUACCCGAUGAGACAACGACCCCAGUAACCGGUGCUGAUAAUGCAGAGAUAACUCAAGCUGUUGCGGAAACCCUGGCUAAGGAAGACGGCAAGGAUAUUUUCAACGAGCCUGAACAGCACGUUGAACAAGAUCCCUUCUCGCUUCCCGUGUCCGCGGAUCAAACUGCCGAUCUGGCUGUCCAGGAGCAAACACAGUCUUACGAAAGCCAUGAUAGCGUACCGCAAGCCGUGGAUUUUGCAAACCACGAGCCAGUGGCUACCAAUGGUGAAGUGAACAACACUACUGGUAACUUCUGGGACAAUGUCGAAGACGACUGCGGGGACAAUUUCUUCGAUCAACUGAAGACGCAAACAAAGCCUAUCUAUAUGCCACCAGAGCCUGAUACUAGAUUCGAAGAGGGUGUUCCCUUGCUAUCUCCUCAAUCCCCCGCUUUUGAGACUCCAGCUUUUGAGCCUCCAGCUGAGACCCGAGCUGAGCCCCCGGCCGAGACCCCGGCUGAACCGACAACUGAACCGAUUGCGGAACCGAAAGCCGAGCCGACAACAACAGGUGACACUCAGAUUGACAAGAUAUUCGACGGCGAUGAGGAUGAAGGAGAAGACUUCUUCAGUCAGGUUCAGAAGCCGGAACCAAAGCAAGAAGCUCCGCCGCAUCUCACGCGCAAGAGCACCUCGGAGGUGAUGGAUUCUGUUGGCGAACCCUUGGAUUCCCCCAUCGACGAGGCUACACAGCAGUUUAACGAAAUGUUGUUGGCGCCAGCAUCGGACAACCAAGUGGAGAAGGCUUCUUCGGAGGAGGAUUUGGCUGCAAGAUGGCAGGCUGAACUUUCAGAUAACGAGGAACCUUUGGAGGAGGAUCUUGCUGCGCGAUGGGAAGCAGCAUUGGAUGAUGACGACGAUGAUCUCCUUAUGGAUGAGGCAGCUGGGGAUUCGACCACUAGCCAGGAACAGAAUCUCCCGAACGUCAACGGAGGUAACAGAUACGCUCCUCAGACUGGCUUCAAUGAGCCACAGGCCUUUGAAGCCCCGAGCGUGCCAUCAACCACUUCAUACACACCUCAUCAACCAUCAACCUCCGACCUUCUCCAGGGUGUCGCUCCACCCAACCCGCCUCCUGCUUCCUCGUAUUUCGCACCACAGCCGCCGCCAAAGCCUGAAGUGAACAGGGCAGAGAGUUUUGCAGAGCGCUCAAAGCAAGGCUACAAGUCUCCGUAUGACCUUCCGGAAGGUUUGGCGCGUCCUCGGAGGCCCGCUAAGCCGGUUAUCACUGCUGGCCCCGUGGCUCCCCCUGGCUCUAUUGCUCCCCCAACAAGCAUCCCGCCAGCUGGGAGCAUGCCACCACCUCCAAUGGGUGCUUCUCCGCCACCACCAGCAGCUGCCCCAGGCCCGAAGAACUUUUUCGAAGAGCUUCCCAUGCCCCCGCCGCGGCCUAAAUCUCGACCUGCAAGUUCAGGAAGAUACACACCUAACCCUAGCGCGGCACCGCCGACCGUUCCGGCUGCAAGCUAUCCACCUCCACCUCCACCAGCGAACCCUUAUGCCAGCAUCCCUCCUAAUGCGAGCGCGACAACAACCGCUCCGGCUGCGGUUUCCCAACCACCACCACCGGCGAAUCCUUACGCUAACAUUCCUGCUGGCGCUCCAGCUGGAAUCUCGCACCCACCACCACCACCGGCGACCCCUUACACUAACAUCCCUCCUAAUCCUCAACCGCCGAGUGAACCCCAGGAACAACCGCAGCUACAGGCGCAGCCACCGCUGCAGUCUCCUGAACGAUUGGAGCCUUACAUGAACACACUGGCUCCAACUCCUCCAGCUCCUCCUAGCGUUUCGUCAAGGUAUUCCCCCAAGCCACCUGGUUUGCAGACGGGAACGAAGCCUCCGCCAUCGCCAAGAUACUCACCUGCUCCGCCACCGGCUUCUGGUCCUGCACGCAAUAAUCGCUACUCUGCGCAACCGACCAGUGCUCCUGCACCUGGACUGUCUCUUCCAUUCCAACCGCGCACGUCGAGUCCUUUGGCUUAUCAUGAGAAAGUUUCAUACCAACCGGAACAGCCUGCGAGACGGCCGUCUCUGGAGCCAUCGGCGAGCCUUUCUCCACCCAAUCGUUUCCAGCCACGACCAAGUCUCGAACAGAGCCCUCCCCGUAUCUCUGAACCGUCGGGCGAUGUAGUCGAACCUGAGGUUGCGCAGGCCGAACCGCGAAAUGUGACUUCGCCGACGAAUCAGCAGCAAUUGUCUCCGCCUAGGAACAUGUACGCUCCGCCGUCAUAUGUCAAUGACUUUGCGAGUCGCUUGCCACCCAUGAGUACCGGGCCUCCGGCUCCGUCAUUCCCAGUGAUUGAGACACCGGAUGCGGGCGGGUCCCAGUUCGUUCCUCCCCGCAGGUCUCAAACACAAUCUCCUAGCCAGCAAUUGUCAAGCCCUAAGUUGUCAGUACCUUCCAUCGACCCUCUUCAGCGGCCUGCCUCUGUGCACGGAUCCGGAUCUCCAACGAAAGCUGUUAGUCCCUAUGCACCUGCUCAAGUAUCAGCCACUAGUCGCGUUACUUCUGAGCCCCUCAAUUUCAUUCCACCCAGCGAUGGACAAGAGCUUGACCCCCUUCAGCGAUGGAAGGGAGCGCCAAUUGUCACUUUUGGUUUCGGUGGUUCAGUCACGUCGUGUUUCCCGAAGCACAUUCCCCGUUACAGCGCUGGACAAGCUGCGCCUAUGAUUAAGUCCUGUCCAGGUGAGGUGAAGGUAUGCCAGCUCAACGACUGGAUAUCGCCUGCGGAGGGCAUUGUGGCGCAUCCGGGACCGCUCAAGAGCAAGUCGAAGAAGAAGGACGUUAUAAACUGGCUGUCGAGCAAAAUCGCAGCAUUUGAGAACGAAGGACUUUCGGAUGGCGACGGACUGCAACCAGAUUCGCAUAAGCGGCACGAGGAGAAAAUCAUUUUGUGGAAGAUCAUUAGGGUACUGGUCGAGAAGGAUGGCCUCUUCGAUGGUUCGCCAGACGUCCAAAAAUCGCUGCGCGAUGUCAUCUUCCCACAACUUCAGAACGCUGAAGCUGAUCUGACGUAUGGAAACGGUUAUACGGCUCAAAAUAACUUCCCAUCGCUGAACGCACCAUCACAACCUGACGCAAUCGAUUCGCGGUCGAUAGACACCCUUCGGGACAACCUCAUUCUUGGGGAACGCGAAAAAGCGGUGUGGGGUGCAGUGGAUAAUCGACUAUGGGGCCAUGCUAUGAUUAUUGCGUCCACUAUGGAGAAGUCUGUGUGGAAACAAGUCGUGCAGGAAUUCGUUAGGAGAGAAGUAAAGUCUUCCACAAGCAAUACCGAAUCGCUCGCUGCGGCCUAUGAGAUCUUUGCUGGAAACUUCGAGGAGUGUGUCGAUGAACUCGUUCCGCCGUCAGCCAGGGCUGGCUUGCAGAUGAUCAGCACUGUUGAUGGACAGGGGUCAUCUAAGAGUGCUCUCGAUGGCUUGGAUAGCUGGAAGGAUACUUUGGGUAUGGUGAUAAGCAACCGCAGUCCUGACGACUACCAGGCGUUAAUUUCUCUUGGCCGACUACUGCUGAGCUACGGACGUGUGGAGGCUGCGCAUAUCUGCAUGAUAUUCUCACGUGCCGCGGUAUUCAGCGGUCCUGAUGACCCGCAGGCGAGCAUUGUUCUUCUGGGAGCUGAUCAUCAACAUUUCCCAUAUUCGUUUGUACAUGAUGAAGAUGCUAUUCUCCUCACGGAAGUGUACGAGUUUGCAACAUCCAUUCUUGCGACUGCGCCUCAGCCCCCAUUGCCGCAUUUGAUGGGCUUCAAGCUCCACUAUGCUUGGACACUCGCAGAUCGCGGCCGCAAGUCGGAAGCUCAGCAGUACUGCGAUGCGAUUGCUGGUGUUUUGAAGGCAAGCACAAAACCUUCUGGUUACUAUCACCCGCACUUGUUCUCUUCUAUGGAUGACUUGUCCUCGGUUUUGAGGCAGACGACUAGCGAUGGAGGCUCCUGGAUCUCGAGACCAAGCAUGGAGAAGGUUUCUGGGUCGAUGUGGGCCAGGUUCAACAGCUUCGUUUCGGGAGAGGAUAGCGAUGCAGCAUCUACUGGCUCUGGAAAGGCCGCUGAUGCGGACGUGGGUCCUUUUGCCAGGGUCCAUGGAACGCCUACCGUCAGCCGUUCGCCUUCCAUGUCGGACUUGUACGGCGGGUACCCUGCACCUGCAACCGGGGCACAACCCAUACCUGGAAAUCCCGCCUCGCGGUACCACCCGACUAGCCAGUAUGCGCCGAACUCGUCGCCUGAGCAGUUCCGUGGAAGAUCGUCUAUGGACUCUCAAAGGUCCUCUGGUGGUUUGGGAUUCUCAUUCGGACGCCGUGGUUCCCAGGAGCCUGCUACCCCGACUGAGAACAACUAUUACCCCGGAGGAUCUUCAUUCAACUCCCCUCUGGCUGGUUACCAGUCCACUCCGCCCCAGACGUCUUACAUGCCUCUUGCGCCUGUCGAGGAAGACCUGCCUUCGCAACCACAGCCACCUCAGCCGGUCAUGCAGUCGCCAGCGGUGAAUGGAUCGCCUUACCAACCAUCAAUGUAUACUCCUGACGCUUAUACACACCCAUUUGGAGACCAGGGGGCGCCAAGCCAGCCACAGCCAGAGAGCUAUGGCUAUAUGCCGCCCACCACCGGCUACGGUCCUCCUGUGGAAGAAGCCGGUUCAACAUCAGCACAAUACCAGGAAGAAUAUGUCGAAGAGGAGAGGCCCAAGAAGUCGAUGAUGGAUGACGACGAUGACGACCUUGCAGCCCGCUCGGCCGCUAUGGCAAAGGCUGAGAGGGAGAAGCAGGAUCAGGAAGCGAAUGAGGCGUUUAGGAGAGCAGCAGAAGAAGAUGCCAAGAAGGCUGCACCGCCGAAGAAAGGAUGGUUCGGAGGUUGGUUCGGCGGAGGAUCCAAGAAAGAAGAGAGCACCAACCCCAACAAACCCAUCCGCGCGAAACUUGGAGAACAAAGCUCAUUCUACUACGACACCGAGCUCAAAAAAUGGGUCAACAAAAAAGACCCCAACUCCGCAACCCCCUCCGCAGCCACACCACCACCCCCCAGAGCCGGCCCUGCCAGCAGGACUGGCAGCACAGCCAGCCUGCCCCCAACAGCUACACCUCCAAUGGCCAGCGCAGCAAGCCGACCUUCAUCGUCUGCAGGCGCAUUCGCACCAUCACCGAUGUCCGGACCACCAAUGUCUGGAAGUCCGGCACCACCGUCUGGAUUGGGCGCACCACCUCCAUUGCCCCGAUCGGUAUCUACGGGUGCUGCCGCGCCAACCCCGCCUGGAAGUUCGGGGGGUUUGGCACCACCGUCUAGACCUUCGACUUCUUUGAGCAAUGCCAGCUCGAUCGAUGAUUUGUUGGGUGCGCCUACUGCGCGCAAGGGGCCUGCUGGGAAGGGGAAGAAGAAGGGGCGGUAUGUUGAUGUGAUGGCCCAGUAG